AAAAUCGUUUUAUUUAUCCGUAUGUUUGAUCGGUUUCAUUUACCUAAUAAUUUAUUUGAAAAAGGAGCCCUUAUAGCUAUCUGCUAAUACUAGUUACAACUACUAAAUAAUAUACAAUUAUUGUAGAAGAAAAAAUUUUGCCUGUAUCUAAUAAAUCUAGGGUAACUAGGUAUUUUCUUUUAAUUUCAACCAACCUACCUUCGAACUUGUUUUCUCAUUUAUUGCUAUGAGUAUAUUCAAAGUUAUUGUACUUUAAUCAGGGUCAAUAGUUAUGUGAAGGUGAUUUACAAAUUUUAUAAAUAUUUUUAUCCAUUCAACCAUGAAGAAAGUAGUAUUAUUCAAGAGUGAGUCGGAAGACUAUGUGAAAGCAUUCCUCGAGCGUAACUACAGGACCGUGUUCGUGGAGCCACUGCAGUUCGAGUUCACCUGUAAACAAGAAUUGAGUGAGAAACUGCUGCAGGAUUACACAGGCAUUGUAUUCACAAGUCCGAGAGCCAUUGAAGCAGUCUCCAAAUGCUGGGAUCCAACGCGGUUUGUGAUAUGGAACACGAAAAAGGUUUACACAAUAGGUGAAACUAGUUGUCAUAAAAUUAAGUUGCUGCUUGGGUUAGAAGCAUUGGGUAUGUCUUCAGGAAAUGCUGAAAAUCUAGCUAAACUGAUUGUUCAAGAUAAUCCUGCUAACUCAAGGUUUUUAUUUCCAUGUGGCAACCUGAGAUCUGAGGUACUGCCCACAAUUUUACAGUCAUCUAGCAUCUCAAUAGAUGCACUUACGGUGUAUGAAACUACAGAAAACAAAAAUCUAAGGACAGAUCUGAUGGAGCUUAACAGGGCAGACAGUCCAUGCUGCAUGGUAUUCUUCAGUCCAUCGGGCUGCGAGUACAUCUACCGCCAGCUGCAGACCUUCAGCAAUGUUCUGUCUGAGUUGCCCCACUUUGCCAUUGGCAACUCCACUGCAUACAAGAUUGAGAACCUUGGGGUUGAAGUGGCUGGGAUUGCAGAGAAGCCAAGGGCGGACAGCCUGGUAGAGUCUGUACAAAAAUAUUUUGCAAAUGCACAGAGUAGCUGAUGAAUGUUUUGGUUUACAAUAAGACCACAAAUUGAAAAAUAUUACUUUGUACCCUGAAUACUAAGCCAAUUCUGUAAAAUUUCUUAUUUUGAAUAACUACCUACAUUUAUUCAUUUCUCAAUAUUAAAAUUGUGUUAGCACUAACACAAUCAAAUGUAAUCGAAAAAGACAUAUUAGCAUGUAAUGGCAUAAAGCCUAUAUGUUUGUUUUUUUUUUUUGGAGUGUCUUAUUUGGUACCUACUUUACAAUACAUACCUCCUCUUCUCUCUCUGAAACAAACUAGCUACUAACAACUCUUAAUCUUUUCUUUUAUUAUUUUUACACAUUAUAAAACUGUAAAAAUGAAAAUUCUGUACAUAAAUUAUAUUUAAAUAAAUUUCAGUUAACUAUAUUCAUAAAACAGAC